AUGUCCAACCACGAUGAGCCUACAAAUGGCGAAAAUGACUCUCGCCAAUCCCAGGAUGUCGUGCGACGACCUUCCCUCGUUUCAUCGCGGACCAUGUCCGACUCCGGUCGCCGCUCCUCCCAACAACAGGUGCGAUUCUCGACGGACUUCAACGCCCCCUCCGCAGAAGAACAGCGCAAUGUCUCAAAUACAAAUUCCGACCGACGUCCCAGCUCCCGCGGACUGACUAUCGACACGGCGCUGGCGCCUCCCAGUGUUCGGCCUGCGCUCCGUUCACCGACCUCUCCCCUCUCCCCUAAUGCGAAUGCGACAGCGAAUACAAACAGUACUACCAGCACGAGUCCUAGCCCCGGUGCCACCCUCUCCCCAACGUCUCCCCAGAGUCCUGAAUCCACCGGUCGGUCUCGGUCGCGCAAUCGUGGGUAUUCCCUACGUCGAUCGCUCUUCAAUAAGAAUAUCCUCUCGGGCUCGGAGCAAGAUGAUUCGGGUACGGGCGAAGUGAACGAGAAGACAGAUGCCACGAGUUCAAAUCAACAUGAUGGGCCUGCUUCUGCUCCUGCGCCUAAACUGCCUAGUCCCGUCGAAGAGAAGAAUGAAUUGGCUUUCGCGCCCACCGCGCCCGCAGAACCAGAUACCAAAGAAGCUACCUCGACAUACCUUUCGUCUGAACCUUCGGAUCGCGGUCUGAAGGAAUAUUACUCCGUCGCGCAGGAUGGAUGGUCAAGCAAGAAGGUGGAGAUGGCGGUGAUUUCAGCUCGUGUCGAGGCUUACUUGCUCCGGGUUCGAAAUGCGAUCUUGCGCAUUAAGGAAAUUCCUCCAACAGAAAAUGGUCGCCAUAUUGAUUUGAAGCCGUCGGAUGUGGAUACGUUUCUCGAUGAGCGGACCGGAAAGCCUUAUAUUCAGAAUUGGAUUCGCUCGAGCCGAUACAGCUUUUGGAGUUUCUUUCCUCGCCAGUUCUUCGCGCAGUUCACUAAGCUGGCCAAUUUUUACUUCUUAAUUGUCGCUAUUCUUCAAAUGAUUCCUGGACUGAGUACGACGGGUACUUAUACGACUAUUGUUCCGCUUCUUAUCUUCGUUGGUAUCUCAAUGGGAAAGGAAGGAUUCGAUGAUUGGCGCCGAUAUCGCAUGGACAAAGAGGAGAAUAAUCGCGUUGCGUUGGUGCUGAGGUCUUCUGAAACGCCUAUCCAUGAGAAUAUGCCCGGAUCGCACUCUUAUGAAUGGAUUGAGAUUAAGUGGUCGGAUAUUCAAGUUGGAGACGUUAUCAAACUUAAGCGCGAUGAGCCAAUUCCUGCUGAUCUCGCUUUACUUCAUGCUAAUGGACCCAAUGGUGUGGCUUAUAUCGAGACUAUGGCGCUUGAUGGAGAGACAAACUUGAAGAAUAAGGCGCCUUGUCAACCUGUUGCUAAGGUGUGUUCAACAGAGGAAGAUAUCGCUCGUCAUUCGCUGCAUUUCGUUGUGGAGGACCCGAACCUAGAUCUUUACAAAUUCGACGGCCAUGUCAUUGUUAACCAGGAGGAAAAACUGCCCUUGACCAAUAACGAGAUCGUUUACCGUGGAAGUAUCUUGCGAAACACUGAUCAGGCUAUUGGUCUGGUUAUUUAUACGGGUGAAGAGUGCAAGAUUCGCAUGAACGCCAACAAAAACCCUCGAAUCAAGAAGCCAGCUUUGCAGGCCAAGGUCAACAGAGUUGUCAUUCUCAUUGUGCUCAUCGUUAUAAUCAUGUCUGUUGCAUGCACAGUCGCCUACAAAUACUGGUCCCAGGAUGUCGAAAGCCACUCAUGGUAUCUGAAAGAUGCUAGUGUAUCCAUUGGUCCUAUUUUUACUUCAUUCAUUAUCAUGUUCAAUACUAUGAUUCCCAUCUCGCUCUAUGUCAGUAUGGAGAUUGUCAAGGUUGUGCAAAUGUUUCUGCUCAACGACAUCGACAUGUACGAUCCCGAGACUAAUACACCACUGGAAGCUCACACGUCGACAAUCAACGAAGAACUGGGUCAAGUGAGCUACAUAUUUUCCGACAAGACCGGUACUCUUACCAACAACUCCAUGCGUUUCCGUAAGAUGAGCGUUGCCGGAACAGCCUGGUUACAUGAUUCGGAUCUACAGGAAGAAGCUGCCCGUGAGGGUGAGAAGCUCAUUCACAAGAAGCGAAAUGUCAAGGGCAAGAAGGCUAUGGGACGGAAGUCUAAUGUCUCUGAGGCUCGUAUGCCCCGUCCCUCCAACGUGUCUGCUGGAGAUGUUUUGCGUCGCUCUACCCCUCACCGGACUACGGAGAUGAUCGAGUAUAUCCAGCGCAAGCCGUAUACUAUCUUUGCUCGCAAGGCUAAGUUGUUUAUCCUCGCUAUGGCUCUCUGUCAUGCUUGUAUCCCCGAAGAGGAUGAGAAUGGUGAAUUUACUUUCCAGGCUGCUUCACCCGAUGAACUUGCGUUGGUUAUGGCCGCUAAGGAACUGGGAUAUCUGGUUAUGGAUCGACAACCUAAUACCUUGACUAUUCGGACAUAUCCCAAUGGUCCUGAUGAGGCUGCAAAUGAGGAGACCUUUGAGGUCUUGGAUGUUAUUGAGUUCUCAAGUGCGCGGAAGCGUAUGUCUGUCGUUGUUCGUAUGCCUGAUCAGCGACUCUGUCUCUUCUGCAAGGGUGCCGAUACCUCGUUGAUGCGUCUGCUCAAACGUGCUGACCUAGCGCAUGAGAAGUCGAUGGAGAUCGAACAACGUGUUAGCAAGCGCAAGGCUGCCGAAGCCAACCAGAUUAUUCGUCGUAAUAGUCAGCAUACCAGUCGGAAAGAUAGUGGUGUCCGGAGCAGUUUCAGUCGACCCAGCUUCAAUCGUCGUCGCUCAUCUGUCUCUGGUCAACAUGCUUCGACUCUUCGUGCCAGUAUUGAUGUUUGGCUGCGCGAUCGUGAAUCAGAUGGUGGUAUUCUUAACCGCGAAGCUGAUAGCGAGUAUUACUCUCCCCGGCCUUCUGCACAGAUGGGAAGACACUCCACUGUGAUUUCUGAUUCCGGCAGUUCGACAAAUGGCGAGGAAGAUGAGGAUCUCGUUGAAGAGGCCCUUGUGGUUAAUGAGAGUGCUAUAUUUGAGCGCUGCUUCCAACAUCUCAACGACUUUGCUACUGAUGGACUGCGUACUCUUCUUUAUGGCCAUCGGUUCUUGGACGAGGCAACCUAUAAGUCCUGGAAGGCUGAUUACCAUGAUGCUUCCACUAGUAUUGUUGAUCGACAAGAGAAGAUGGAGCAGGUUGGUGAGCAAAUCGAGCAACAGCUUGAGUUGACUGGAGCCACUGCUAUUGAGGACAGAUUACAAAAGGGUGUUCCGGAGACCAUUGACAAAUUGCGACGUGCAAACAUCAAGCUUUGGAUGUUAACUGGCGAUAAGCGUGAGACUGCUAUCAAUAUCGGUCAUGCAUGUCGCUUAGUCAAGGAGUAUUCGAAGUUGACCAUCCUAGACCAUGAAAAUGGCAAUGUCGAGCAGUUGAUUAUUGAUUUGACCAGUGAGCUUGUUCGCGGUCGUGUCGCUCAUUCCGUGGUCGUUGUUGAUGGUCAAACAUUGGCAACUAUUGAAGAGAGCGAAGUCAUGCGGAAACGCUUCUUCCAAUUGGCUAUUCGUGUCGACUCCGUGAUUUGCUGCCGUGCCAGUCCCAAACAGAAAGCCUUCCUUGUCAAGACUAUUCGUACCCAUCUUGAUGAUGCGAUUACUCUUGCCAUUGGAGAUGGUGCCAAUGACAUCGCUAUGAUUCAAGAAGCGCAUGUAGGUAUUGGUAUCGCUGGUAAAGAGGGUCUUCAAGCUGCUCGUAUCUCAGACUAUUCUAUCGGGCAGUUCCGUUUCCUACAGAAGCUUCUUCUGGUUCAUGGUCGGUGGAAUUACAUGCGCGCAUGCAAAUAUACCCUUGGUACCUUUUGGAAGGAAAUGCUUUUCUACUUGACUCAAGCGCUGUACCAGCAUUGGAACGGUUAUACCGGAACCAGUUUGUAUGAGUCCUGGAGUUUGAGUAUGUUCAAUACGCUAUUUACUUCUCUCCCCGUUAUAUUCCUGGGUAUCUUCACCAAAGACCUCGCAGCAUCGACACUACUAGCUGUUCCGGAACUUUAUACGAAAGGCCAACGCAACGGCGGGUUCAAUAUCCGAUUAUGGCUCGGCUGGUCUUUCAUGGCUACCUGUGAAGCGGUCAUUAUCUUCUUCACCAUGUUCAGCCUCUUCGGCAUGAUCCAAAUCAACAUAAGUGACAUCGAUCUGUUCGCAUUGGGUCUCCUAACCUUCACUGCCUGUGUAAUCGUCAUCAACAUCAAACUCCAAGCCACAGAAGUCCACAACAAGACAUACCUCAACCUAGCCGUAAUGAUCAUCUCAAUCGGCGGCUGGUUCCUCUGGAACAUGAUUCUCUCCAAACAAUACAAAAUGAGUUCCGGAAAGGGAGUCUACGAUGUCCCCAGCAACUUCCUCCACCACGUCGGCCACAACCUCCUCUUCUGGGCCGUUCUCCUCAUCUCCGCCGUGGCGGUCCUCAUGUUCGAAAUGACAGUUAGCACACUUCGUGCCCUCUUCUUCCCUACAGACGUCGACAUCUUCCAAGAAUACGAACAAGAUCUUGAAAUCCGCAAACGUUUCGAAGAAGCAGCUGCUUCUGAACUUCAGCAGGGCUGGGAUAGAGGAAACAAGAAAUCUAGCUUUGAGCUUGAACGUGAUCGUGAGAUUGAAGCUGCUGAUUUGGAUGCUCGUGAGCGUCAUGUUCAGGAACUUCUUUCUCGUCCUCGUGUCAUGACUAUGACUGAGAAUGAGAAGCCUGAGACGAAGGAAAUCGAAAUGGAUGGAUACUUUGGCUCAGAUGCUAGUGCUAGUGCUAGUCAAGUGGCUAGUAAUAGCACCACUGGGAAGAAUCAGGGUCAUCUUGCUGUUCCACAGGAGCAUGAUCUUGGUGCUGGUCUUGGACCUGUUUCUCCUUCGGAGUCUUGUGCUCCGCGCCGCUCUCAUGAGAUCCACGAACUAUUCAGUAAGGGCUUCGGUGCUAUUCGAAAGGGCCAACUGAAAUGA